AUUACACCGUACACCAGGUUAUUUACCAUUUAAUUUAGGUUAUCAAUUAAUGCUUAGAUAAUAUAGUUUACCUAUAAUUACUUUUUAAAUGACCUUAUGAUUCAAAUAUUUCUUACACUCUCAAGGCUCGUUUGGUACAAGGGAUAAGGGAUAAUUAAUCCCGGGAUUAAUUUGAGAUGAGUUUAUUCCAUGUUUGGUUGGGUUAAAAUUGUGGUAUAAUUAUCCCGAGAUCAGUUAUCCCGGGAUUGUAGUGUUUUUUUAUACCUAUGGGAGGAUGGAAUAACUAAUCACAGGAUAACUAAUCCCGGAAUAAUUAAUCACGGGAUAACUUGCUUCCCAACCAAACCUACUCCUCAGUGCAUAAAAUGUAAACUCAAUCUCCAUGACUUCACAAUAACAUUUUAACACGUCCCAAUUUGAUGGAUUACUUGGCCUUAAAGACUAAACAACAACAGGUUAUGUAACAACAGCCUAAAGUGGUCAGAAAAGAAAUAUAACAACCCAAUCAUCGUAUUAUAGUUAGGGGUGGGCGUUCGAUCGGUUCGGUUCGGUUUGAAGAAAUUCGGUUCGGUUAUUCGGUUUUCGGUUUUGUAAAAGUAGUAACCGAAACCGAACUGAAAUAAGUUCGGUUCAAUUCUAUUUUUCUAAUUUCAGUUCAGUUUGAACAUUAUCAUAUUGGCUCCUUCUAUGUAAUAAUAGGAUGGGCGAAUUUGUUGUUUUUUCCCAAAACUUCGAAAUUGUUGGAAAUAUUGUGUUUAUAAAAAAAAAAAAACUAAACUAAACUUUGCACACUAUUAUGGAUCAUAAAAUUCAAACAUAGUGUAAAUUACAACUCUAUGUGAAAUCCUCCCGGUAUCUAUCAUAUAUGCUAUGGAAGUUUUAAUAGAGUGAAAGUCUUUAAGAUUGGGAAGUUGAUGGACUUACUUAAUUAGGUUGAGUCUUUGAUAGAUUGGACCUAAUAGUAUUAAUUUAUUACCUAUGGGCUUAGCCUAUAUAUAAAUUAAAGAACCUAUAUGCUAAUAAUUCGGUUUUUUGGUUAACCGAACUAAAUAACUUAAUAACCAAAAACCGAACCGAAAAACUAAAAUUUUAAAAUUUUAAACCGAAACUGACCGUACAAACCGAAUAACCGAAAACAAAAUAAAAAAAAUUUCCGUUCAGUCGGUAUAUUCGGUUCGGACCGAAAUAUGCCCACCCCUAAUUAUAGUGGACCGGAGUCAAGUCAAUAAUAACUGUACAAAGUCGUCUGAUUGACCUAAAAGCCAGUGGAUGGGGACCACAUUUUUUUUAUAGUUGCUUGAAGUCUUAAAAGAUAGGUUGUCUUCAUUGGGCAACAAGGUACUAAUUGUCAAACUCUCACAAUUAUUUAAUCAAACCAAAACAAAGACAAGUUUGAAAUAUUUGAUUUAUAAAAGAUAAAUUACACCAAUUGCUUACAACUAUAAUCCUAAUGCUUUCCUCUAUACCAAAAUACUUUGUCCUGUUCCUCCUCCCUUUCUAAUUUCUUCUUGUUUUAAACAUCACAUGAAUCUCCAAUGCCUAUUCAUGGUCAAGAAAUCUGUUUCUUUUCUUGUCAUUGCUAUUCUUUUCAUUAACUUAGCAGAUGACACUCUCUCUAUACACCUCAAUUCUAGUGCUUGUAUUACACAUAGUUGUGGUAAUGGAGUUAAGAUAUCAUACCCCUUUUGGAUUCCUGAGAAACAACCACCUUACUGUGGCUUACCAGCUUAUAAUGUUACCUGCAAUAAGGAUAAGUCACUUCUCCAUAUUUCUGGAGAUGAAUUUAUCAUUAAGGAAGUAUUUUACACAAACAACUCAAUUCUCCUAGCUAAAGCAGAUGUGUUUGAUAAAGACAACAAAUGUCCAGUACCAACACAUAAUUUUAGCCUCAGUGGUACUCCGUUUCGCUCAGGGCCUAACACUGCAGAUCUCUUCUUUUUCUAUGACUGUACUCAACCUUAUGAAAGGGAGACAUAUGCUGUGAAUUGUGCCAGCAAUGCCACUCAUCAUUCUUUUGCUGUUUUUCAUACUGAGCUUUUGGAGCACUCUAACUAUUCAGUCGAGUCGUGUCAGGAUCCUGUUUAUGCCCUUGUUGAGACUGAUUCUCUAGAUAGAUUGCUAAAAAUGAAUUACAUGCAAGUUCUGCAAAAGGGAUUCUUUCUGCAAUGGGAUGGGACUAAUUGUAGAGAUUGCCAGAGUAGUGGAGGGCACUGUGGUGUUCAAAAUAACGAAUUUAUAUGCAUUUGCAAAGACCAACCCCAACAAAGAACUUGCCUUCAUGGAAGAAACAAAAUUGGAUUGAAGGUUGGCAUAGGAGUUGGUGCAGCUGCGAUUACCGCUUUGAUGGCAGGUGUAAUUUUCUUUAUCUAUCGUUGUAGACAGAAGAAAAUUUAUGCUGGUUCAUCGUUGUUCACCACAAGCAUUCUUUCGUAUCCCUCCUCAAUAAAAGAUCCCGAAAAGGCUACUAGCUUAAUCGGAGUUCACCUCUUUGAUUACAAUGAACUAGAUGAAGCCACUAACAAUUUUGAUUCCAAGAAAGAGCUUGGAGAUGGUGGAUAUGGCACAGUAUACAAAGGUAAACUUCGAGAUGGGCGUGUUGUUGCUGUAAAACGUUUAUAUGAAAACAACUGCAAGAGGGUUGAGCAAUUCAUGAAUGAAAUUGAUAUCUUAACACGGUUGCAUCAUCCAAAUCUAGUCACCCUUUACGGAUGCACAUCUCGCCAUUCCAGGGAGCUUCUACUUGUUUAUGAAUACAUUCCCAAUGGAACAGUUGCUGAUCAUCUACAUGGUGUACAUUCAAAGCCCGGAUCGCUUUCAUGGAAUACACGAAUGAAGAUUUCCUUAGAAACAGCAAGUGCAUUAGCCUAUCUCCAUGCUUCAGAUGUCAUUCACCGAGAUGUAAAAACUAACAAUAUCCUCCUAGACAACAAUUUCUGUGUUAAAGUAGCAGACUUUGGCUUGUCUCGGCUUUUUCCAACAGAUGUAACACAUGUCUCAACUGCUCCACAGGGUACUCCUGGAUAUGUUGAUCCUGAGUACCACGAGUGCUAUCAGCUCACUGACAAAAGUGAUGUUUAUAGUUUCGGAGUGGUUCUAAUUGAGCUUAUAUCAUCACUGCCUGCUGUUGAUAUCUUUAGGCACCGGCAUGAAAUAAAUUUGUCGAAUAUGGCCAUUAACAAGAUUCAAGGUAACGCAUUACAUGAGUUGGUGGAUUCAAAUCUUGGGUUUGACACUGAUGACAAAGUAAGGUCGAUGAUUACUACAGUGGCAGAGUUGGCAUUUCAGUGUCUACAGAGUGAUAGGGAAUUGAGGCCAUCUAUGCAGGAAGUCGUGGAGGCGCUGAUGAGAAUUCAGAGAAUUAAUAAAACAACGGGGAAAACAGAUAAGGAAUGUCCUGAUGAUGAUACUGGGUUGUUGAAUAGUAUUACGUUAUCAGUAUCACCUGAUUCGGUUACUACAAAAUGGAGUAGCAGUCCAACGACACCCAAUGCCAGUACCUAGUUUUUGCUCAUAUUGCAAGUUUUCUGCUGUUCUCUAGGGUGGUACUUGAGCACCUGCUAUGUUGGUUGCCAAACCUGAAUUUCAUAAGCUUUGGUUAACUUGGUUUUCGGCGUGAAGGAGGAUGUAAAUAUUUCAAUGCAGCUUGUUUAAUUUAACAAUUCUUAUUCGAUUUCAUCUUCUCAAGUC